UUAAUAAUUUAAUUAAUUAAUGCUUGGGUACUGUUGGUUUCCGAUGUAGUAAAGUCCUCAAUAAUCGAGAAAUAUUACACAUACACACAAUUAUUUGAGCUACUAAUUUUUUUUGAGCCAUAGAAUGUCCCAUGUGUAUAAAAGAAUGGAGCAAUAAAGAUAGACGGUUUUAGGACGGGCUCCAGAUAAUUCUCCAAGGCAACUUCAUUGGAGAAAACACACAAAUGAUUAAGAACUCAUGACAAUAAAUGAGAAAGAACUUAUUGAAGAAGUUUACUCAAUAAGUUUCUUGAAAGCGCAAGUUCCAAUAAAAAAAUUCCUUAGCUACCUCUGGUCCAACAUUACUGGAUGUUAUUCUAACUGUAUGCAAGCAGGUUCCAAUUAUGUUAUUCAUUUGCACUCGGCAUGCAUAAUUGCGACAAGGCAAAUAAUAAAUUUCGUUCCCGAUGUAAUUCCCAAGAUUGCAAUCGGUACUUGCGCUAAAUCAGAGUUGCAAAUCGUGAAAAGCCUAACUGUAUCGUAAUUGAAACUGGAAAUUUUAAAUAAUCUAAUCGUGAGAAAAAUCGAUAUUUAUCGAUGCUCGAACCAAGGGGAAGUAACGCUUAUUGCUUCUGGUUGACUGUGAGCAAUUACAUCCUCAAUGAACCUGAGCACAAUAAAAUAUCGCGGUUUUCUUGUUUGGCUGAAAGCGUAAUGAACUACUCGAUUCCUGUUUAAAUAAUAAGCUGCGUAUUUUUUCACAAUUUCUUCUGAAGCAAGCGAUUAUUCCGUUGCUGAACAUCCUAAUAUUUAAUAACUAGCAAAUAAGCAAAUACAAUUCCAUAGAAAAAAUGACAAUGCUUGCAAAUACUCACCUGUGUGGCUCAUAAACUCGAUUAUAAGUAUGUAAAUGAAAUGUUGUAAACUCAUCUUAGCAAGUGUUUGCCAAGAUGAAAAGAGGGCAAAUAUUUGUAAGAAUUACGUGGAUUGCGGUUGAAUUAUUUGCAAAGUAUAUAAACACUAAAACGAUGUUUUACACAAAUUUCCACUACACAUAUCAAAGAGCAACAAAUCAAAGCAUUAAGUCGCUCUAUAAAUGAGUCAAAAAAAAAAGUGGAAAACCUAUUCGACAAAACGAAAACUCAUCGUGAAAUCCCUCGAGGGCACUUUAAAGCGUAAAAUUAACAGUCCUGACAACGUUUUUUUCCUCUCGACGAUUAACAAUGUAGAAAAAAUGACCCAGAAAACGAGAAAUGGAUCAAGUUUAAUUAUUUUCGUGGAGUAAAAGCCAGCAAAUGAUAAUAACCGCUUGACGGUGGUUUGGCUGUGUUUACAUGAAAUGGAAAGUUUCAGAUUCAAACACUUAACAUCUCGAGGUAAUUCGAGAGAUCUACUUGUUUAAUUAUACUCAUUUGCUUAGAGAUUUUCCCUCGUCAGCAACAGGAUUUGAUGCGAUUUGUUUGCCAAUUCAUGUGUAUAAAGUAGAGCCAUAAUUUCAAUCAAUCAACUGAAGAAAACACCUACGCACACAUGAAUUUUUUAAUUUUCUCUUUGCUGGAUCUAAGUUAAAGAAAAAUAAAAUAACAUCAACAAGUAACAAGUGCUUGACCCACAAUCAACGCAAAACCCUCUGGAGUUAAAGAAACAUCAUCAUCAUCUCAAUCUGGAUGGACAAAAAAUAGCGUCAAUUGCAUGCUUUUAGCAAUUUGCAUUGAAGAUUAAUUGCGGGGAGAAAGCAUUUCGACGAAUUCCCAUCAGUGCCCGGUUCAUUUUUUCCAUUUCACGCUGAGAAGAGCUUUUCAACUUUCUACGAGAUUUAAAGAAAUCAUAACAAAUGGCAGGUUUAAAGUAUCUCGUGAUACAAUCUCGGGCAAUUAUGGUAACAAAGGCCAGAUCGCCGGUUCGUUUUUAUUGUCGCGAUAUGCAUUUGAAGAGAACGAACAUGGGAAAAGAGCAUAUUAUCAUCAAUAGUACGGGAUCUAAUAAUCAAGAAAAUUUUUUAGUUGAUAAUGAAUAAAGCUUCCGGAAGAUUCAGGAAGUGGCAAGAGACACAAUGUUUAAAAUCAACACUUGAGGAUAUUUCUUAUUAUUGGGUCGUCGUUGAUAUUAAUUUAGUCCUGACGUUUCGCUAGCACGAAUGACUCGCAUCUUCAGAGCUGCACGCACCCACUUAAAAAUAAUUGGGUUUCCAAUCGAUUAAUCGAAAGUAAUACUCUCUCUAUCCUUAAAAGCCCGAUUUGUAACCAAAUAAAUUAAAGUUUAUUCAAUGUUGUUAGGCCUGAAAACAAAAACAAAACCCAAAACUUUUGACUACCAGAUGUCUUCAACUAUAACAAUUUUCCUUCACUAAUUCUUCCACUUUUGUCUUUCAGGCGACAAAAAACUGGUUUGAUUAUUAGAGAUAAACCCUAGUUAGUAUUCUGUUUAAUUUAAACAGUAAGCUUUUCAACAUUUCCUGCCAUUGGGCAUCGGACUAAACAAAGAAGGGAGAGUCUGAUACACAUUUAUAAUCACAAUCUUCAUUCUGUUCGGAACCAUUUCACCGCGAAACUUAACUUUCUUCGAUUAGGUUCCGUUUAGUGACAACAGCACUUCUAUCUCCAUUGCGUUGGCCCAUGUGAGGAGCCAAACAGCCCUAAACAGCCCUUUACGGCAUUCUUGAGCUGUUUUUAGUUUAAAACAAUGAAUUGUGCAGUAGUGUUUUUAAUAGUUUUCGCAUUGCGCGCAGUGGAGAGCGAAAGAAGCUCGGGAGCGCUCAGAAGGAGCUUUGGUGAAGCCACAGUUGCUGACGGCGAUUCUCUUAAAGUGGAGGAUCCUGGAUCUUUAUGGGACAAAUCAGGAAGCGAAAGGUCUGAAAAUGGCCAUCGCAGCAUCCACACAAACUCCAACUUCAACAGCCAUGAAGACCAGGAAUUGUCGCUGAAAGACUUUCUGGAAACUUAUGCCAAAACGCACAUCAGAAGGCCAACUUAUUCUGAAGAUGCGUCGUCGCAAAGCCUGGAUAAACUCAUUCAAGAAGACGAUGCAAGUGGCAUGUCGAAGGACAAGCCGAAAAGCAGUUGGGCGCUGAUGAAUGCGCAGAAACACAAGCAUCCAUAUGAAGACAGAAAAGGAUGGGUUAGCUUGGACCCGAUCCCCUGGUCAGUGUCCAAAAUUUCAAAGUGGCAAAGCAAGUACAAGCCUUCCACUGAAGGGCCCUGGGAUGAACACAUCCAGAUCAGCAGCCAACGGCCCUACUUGCAAGAAGACGAUGACGCAGAUUUCAAUAGGCCUGUUUCCAUUACUCCUCCAAACGCCUACAUGUAUCAUCGGCCAACGGAAUCAUCUGAUCGUUAUGACAGUUUUUAUGACCAUGGAUCUAGGCCACGCCCAACACCCGCCCCUACUAUUUACCCCCGUCCAACUGCGUUUUAUGGGCACAAAGUUCAAGUGGAGGCUCAUUAUCCUUCAAAUUCCCACAGCAGCACUGGAAGGCCCUAUUCCUACCAUAACCAAAAGAACUGCAAUCGGCCAAAUCACCCGUUCCAUGACGACAUCAUCACUGAUGGUAUGCCCUCGAACUUUCCUCAAGCGAAUCCAUACGAUUUCCUGCGAAGGCAAGGAACAGAGUUGGAGAUGCAGUCGGAAAAUCACUCUCCCAAAGGAGAAGGCGAGUGGGUGCUGCUCUCCACCACUAAAGGCUACAAACCGCCAAGAAAUCAAAGGCAAAGGUCGUUGACUUUGGGCAGUACUAGCGAACCUACGCAGAUCUUAAGGGCAUCAAGAGGUGUUCGUUUAACAGUACUGCCACCACUAAAAGGUUCCAGCGUGAACAUGACCACGUCUCAUGGUGGUUUGCUGCAGGUGGAAUCCACUUUUGAAAGUGUUGAAGAAGCGAAGCAGAAUUUCGAUCACAAGCAGAACGGAUUGAAGAUCAAAGCAAAGAGGAAACGGAGAAAGCCACUUAAGAAGAACGCAAAUAAAGGUGUAGAGAGUUCUAGUCAGAAUGUUGGCAUCGUGCCUCAGUAUGCUGAUCCUGGAGCGGUCAUGGCAGCAGUUGGUGCUGGAAUGAUUCCUGCGACCAUGGCCAUGAUGGUUCCGAUGGCAAUGGCCGGGUAGCGAUUAAGUUCAAAUUACGUAAUAUUAGGUGUGACUGAUGAAUUAUUUAUUUAAUUUAGUUGUAGGUACUUAAAUAUAUUUUUGAA